AUGCUUCGACCGAGAUUAAGGAUACCACGGGCGGCCGUGCCCGUCGCCGUGCGGCCAGCGGCCCGGAGGUCGAUGCACCACAUGCCGCCCCUGCCUCACGACUUCCGCGAGGGCGUCCCGGGGCUCCUGUCCGCCGAGGGCUUCGACAUGGCCUGGACGCAGCACAUGACGCUGAUGCUGGACAAGCUCAAUGCCAUGACGGCCGACACCGAGUACGCCCAAAAGGACAUCAAGCAGAUCGUCCUCUCGACCGCCCGCGAGCCCAAGGACGCGCCCCUCUUCAACCACGCCAGCAUGGCCCACAACAACCACUUCUUCUUCCGCAACCUGUCCCCCAAGCCCGUCGAGAUGCCCGCCGCCCUGCGCCGCGGGGUCGAGGACUCGUUCGGCAGCGUCGAGACCCUGCGCCGCGAGCUCCUCGUCACCGCCUCGGCCAUGUUCGGCCCCGGCUUCGUCUGGCUCGUCAAGGCCUCCGUCCCGGGCGCCGCCCACGACGCCAGCUUCCGCGUCCUGCCGACCUACCUCGCCGGCAGCCCGUACCCGGGCGCCCACUGGCGCCGCCAGGCCGUCGACAUGAACACGGUCGGCGCGUCGGCCGACGUCGAGGGCCAGGGCGCCGUGACGGACUACCUGCGGCGGCAGGUCGGCGCCAUCAGCGGCGGCGGCCGGGCCGGGGGAGCGGGAGCAGCAGCACAGCAGCAACAGAUGGACGACCAGAUGAGGCUCGCGCCGGGCGGCAUCCACCUGGUGCCGAUCCUGUGCCUCAACACGUGGGAGCACGUGUGGCUGCGCGACUACGGGCUCGGCGUCGGCGGGUACGGCGGCAAGAGGGCGUUUGUGGAGGCGUGGUGGGACGCCAUCGACUGGGAGGCGGUCGCGGGCCUGGCCAACAUCUCGAGGAAGUCUCUGCAGUACGGCUCGUAA